AUGAAGUCGCUGUCCUUGGAACAGCUGCAGCGCCGGUUCGACCGACUCCGAUCUUUGCAGCGCCGACUGGCACGUGCUCCAGCGACGCACUUCAUUGCCUGUGGCAAAAGGUAUGAUCUGCCCCUUAGUGCGAGAACUGCGAAGCCAUGUGCUGAUGUUAUUCCUCCACGUAUUGUCGACUACAUGGCUGGAUUUUUUGAUGGAGAUGGAUGUGUGAGCAGACACAAGGACAAGUACCAACUGAGCGUUGGUCAAGCAGAAUCCGGCAGUGAGGUUCUGCUUCUCUUCAGGAACUUGCUGGGUGGCGGAAUCUAUGCAAAGGGCAGAGCGCAGGGUACACGGCAGGUCACUCUGCAGUGGUCUGUGUUCAGCAAGCGUGCUCAACAUGCUGCAGCUAAGCUGAGCCGAAGCUCUUGUUUUAAACAUGAAAAGCUAUGGCUGGCUGCAGCUCUGCCAGAACGGAGCCGGCAGAAUGGCAUGAAGCCAUCCAGGGCACUGUGCCGUUCUUGGUCCUACUUAGCUGGCUUUUUCGAUGCAGAGGGAAGCAUACGAAUUAGAUACCCGGCCGGCCUGACCUUACAGAUCGGGCAAACAUCUCCAUACGUGUUGUUUGCGAUCCAAGAUUUCCUUGCUCGUACGGGUAUCCAAUGCUCCGUUCAUGAAUAUAGCGGCCGUCACCUGCUGGAAGCCAACAGGACUGAAGAGUGCCGGCUCCUUUUGAAGAGACUCUUGACUGCAGGCCUCCGAGUGAAACGCCAUGCAGCCAGAGUCUCGUUGGAGCUAGCACCAGGCAACUUUCACCACGUUCGAAGCAAGCUGCAGGAAGUUGUCGGGCUGCAAAGUCGCUACAGGCGAUUGACUGCCGCAGGAGCUGAGCGUGCGUAUGAAAUUCAAAAGACAAGAACAAAGAUAGACCGCGGAGGUGGUAUCGCAGAAAUCGAACGUCCUCGGCUGGUCCAGUCGCAGUUGAUGAAUCUGCAAGCUACUCACCGCUUAAAGUGCGCGGAGGAACGGUAUGUGCUGCUCCGUGCCGAUAUUCGAUCACAACUGCGUCAAGGAGCCUGCAUCGGGAAUUCGUAG